AACCGAUGUCGCUUCUCUAUUAUUGAUCCGCAAAAGCCUGAUUCCAACUUGUUACUGACGAACAAUAUAAUCAAGUUGCAUUUUGCAAUCAAUCAAGUAAUAGUUGUAGACAGAACAAAGUGUGUGAGUGUGGACUUUCUGUGACGAAGUACACAUCAAUAGUGUUCCAUACUUAUCGUCAGCUUUCGUGAUAAAUACUCAAUCGAGAGACAAAAUAAGUUACAUAUGAUAAGUCAAUUUGAUUACAGAUUGUCAUAAUCAGUAAUUUUAUCUUUAUCAAUCUCAUAAAACUUCAGCUCAUCAAAAAUUACGUAUCAAUCUCAAACUAAGCAAGUUUGAUUCUGAAUGUUUUUCGUUUCUAUCAAACUCUUAAAAAAGUAGCAUAGAAGUCAAGUUGUAUAUUGUGGUUUUACUUGAAGUAAUUUAUAUUAACAUAAAAUGGCUGAUAACGAGCAAAAAGCUGCCCAGCUAGUUGCAGAAGCUGAAAAAAAAUUGAAUACUUCAAAGAGUUUUUUCGGUGGUUUGUUUGGGGGAUCAUCUAAAGUUGAAGAAGCAGUUGAGUCAUAUCAACGAGCAGCUAAUUUGUAUAAAAUGGCAAAAAAUUGGAACAACGCAGGAAACGCUUUUUGUCAAGCUGCUAACUUGAAUAUAAAAAUGGGAGGCAAGCAUGAUGCUGCCACAAAUUACAUCGAUGCUGCUAAUUGUUUCAAAAAAUCUGAUACAGCAGAAUCGGUCACUUGUUUUCUGAAAGCUAUAGAAAUAUAUACUGAUAUGGGCCGUUUUACCAUGGCGGCUAAACACCACCAAAGUAUUGCAGAAAUCUAUGAAAAUGAAGCUGUAGAUUUAGAGAGAGCUGUUCAAAAUUAUGAGCAAGCAGCCGAUUAUUUCAGAGGUGAAGAGAGUAAUUCAUCCGCUAACAAGUGCUUGUUAAAAGUAGCACAGUAUACAGCCCAGUUAGAAAAUUAUGAAAAAGCAAUUCAAAUUUAUGAACAGGUAGCAAUGGGCUCACUUGAAAGCUCUCUUUUGAAGUACAGCGCUAAAGAAUAUUUUUUGAGAGCAUCUUUGUGUCAUUUAUGUGUAGAUGUUUUAAAUGCUCAACACGCUUUAGAAAGAUACAAAGAACAAUGUCCGGCAUUUCAAGAUUCAAGGGAAUAUAAAUUUAUUAAAACUCUGAUCGAGAAUUUGGAAGAACAAAAUUUAGAAGGAUAUACCGAGGCAGUUAAGGAAUACGAUUCAAUAUCACGUUUAGAUCAGUGGUACACGACAAUGUUAUUGCGAAUAAAAAAACAAAUCAACGAGAAUCCUGAUUUACGCUAAUUUGAAAUAUAUGGUUACGCAUUGUGUAGUUCGAAAUUAUCUUAUAAUAUUAAGCAACAACUUUGUUGGAAAUAAAUCCUCACUUACAUUAGA